AACUAAAAAAAAAAAAAAUGAAUACAAAAACAAAACAGAGAGAAGAAGCGAACAGAGAAGAUUAGGGCUUUCGUUGGAUUUUUAAAAUACAUAAAUAAAAUUAGUAUCUUCUUCUUCUUCUUCUUCACUUGUGUUCUCUAUCUCUCUCUUUCGUUAUCCCAAAAGCUUUGAUAAUUCAAGAGUUUAAAGAGGCAUGUCUUCUGAUACUGCUAAGGAAAAUGCGUCUGUUGUCGAUUCAUCUUUGACUGAUUGGAAACAAGAUAUAGGAAACUCUGAUGAUCCAGAGAGUUCAAGUCACAGAAGCAAAGAAGACCAUAAACUGUCCAAAGUGGAAGUUGAACGACGUAACUUUUCUGAUCAAUUAGAAAGUUCUAACCCGAAUAAGAAUAGUAAACCGGGGUACCAGACGAGAUAUUUCAUCAUCAAAAGUCUGAAUUAUGAUAAUAUACAAGUGUCAGUUGAGAAAGGGAUUUGGGCUACUCAAGUUAUGAAUGAGCCAAUAUUGGAAGGCGCUUUUCACAAAUCUGGCAGAGUGAUUUUAAUCUUCAGCGUGAACAUGAGUGGAUUCUUCCAAGGGUAUGCAGAGAUGUUGUCUCCUGUGGGAUGGAGGCGAGACCAUAUAUGGAGCCAGGGAGGUGGUAAAAACAAUCCUUGGGGACGUAGUUUUAAAGUAAAAUGGUUGCGGUUGAGUGAAUUGCCUUUUCAGAAAACACUUCAUCUCAAAAAUCCUUUGAAUGAUUACAAGCCUGUCAAGAUUAGCCGAGAUUGCCAGGAAUUACCUGAAGAUAUCGGUGAAGCACUUUGUGAACUCCUUGAUGCAAAUAGCUGCGAUGAUGGGUUGCUGAAUAGCUCUUCUAGGGAUGAUUAUUCUACAAAAAAGUCCCGCGCAGAACCUCCAUCUUCCUCAGGAGACGAAGAGUACAAUAACAAUCUUUGGGGCCAUACACCGAUGCCUUACCCUCCUGCCGUCUAUGCAAACCAGGAUGACCUCAGCAGAUUUCAUCUUGCACACCAGAUAGGAUAUGGAGUUUCCUCGGAAUAUCUCCAUACAUCAUCAGGUGCAUCUAACUCUCGCACGGAGCAAGAAAAGUCUUUACGAUUCAACUCAUGGUGUUUGCCUUUGGAAAGCCCUCUUGCGAAUUCCCUAACCGAUGAUGAUUUUCUUGACAUGUCUUAUGAAGAAUACGUUGAAACCCACAGCAGAUGCAUGAAACAACUUGGUCUUCCUGUCAGUGAUUCCACAAUCACGAGCCAUACAAGAGCCAUCAAGUAAAACAGAUGAUGUAAGCAAUGGUUCUUCGAAAGAUCAGCCAUCAUCAAGAAAGAGAGGACGGCAUUCAUCCUAGGGUUCAACUACAAAACUCGCAACUCUACCACAAAAAUCACAUCAAAAUGCAUAAGAAUAUGUUAUGCCAUUUCGAUUGUACGGUGAUGGAGAAGUUGUUGUCAUGUUGUAACAUGUUCAUUUGGCCUGGUGUUCUACUGAAACCAGAAGACUGUAACUAGAAGUUUCUUCUUUUGAUUGCCAAAACGUGUACAGUUUCAACUUCAAAUAUGGCAACAUGUAAACUUUUGGAAACCUAAACCCUAAAUUGGGUUUGUAAAAUCUUUUGUUUUAAAGAUAAAUUCCCAA